CUCUUUCACUCUCAUCGACAUGGAGUCUCUUCCAUUGAAUAUAUCUUUCAAUCUUCUGCCCUGACGAUUGCUAGCGAAUUAGCAUUAAAUAGCCAAGCACUUUAAAUUCAAAUAAGCUAAGUGGGUGUGGGGUAUGAGGUUCCAUCUGGUAUAGCUAUCAAUAGAAUAAACUUCUUCGGCAAUGCCGCUUGGUGUUUUAUCUCUCUCACACCACUUCGCAAAAAAAGCUUCCAAAUGAUCGAGAGUUAAAAAAGUUUACUUGCUUAUGUCACAUGUGCCACUGUUAUCUGUAUUUGUGAAUUUUGUUGUCAAAAGAAGCACGGCUUAUCAUUAACGUGUAUUUCGUUGUAUCAUUCUCAUUGUGCCAUUGCCAAUAGCUCGAGAUAUUUCGGUUGCUUCCGACAAUUUUCCCAGUUCAGUAAGAAAAGUGAAAAUGAUCCAACGAUGUGUUCAGCACUCAACAAGGAUAUUCAUGCGAUCGAGGAUACUUCUGCAAUUAUCUAAACAGCAGAGAAGUCUCACGACGCAACUCGAUAAGAAUGAUGUCAAAGGUGCUGAUGGGAAGAGUCCAAGAUUUCCAGGAGCAACUGCACCAUUCACAUCCAAUCCCCAACUUACGCAUGCCGAAAAUGUAGCACCCAUUCCCAUCUAUCGUAUUAUGGAUGCUGAUGGCAUUAUUGAAGACAAGACACAGGAGCCCCAACUUGGGCAGGAAACUAUCCAAAAAAUGUUCCGUGACAUGGUGCUUCUCAAUACAAUGGAUAAGAUUCUCUAUGAAUCUCAGCGACAGGGUAGAAUAUCCUUCUAUAUGACGAACUUUGGUGAAGAAGCCUCUCACAUUGGAAGUGCAGCAGCCCUCACGCCGGAUGAUCUUGUCUAUGGGCAGUACCGUGAAGCUGGAGUCUUGGUGUGGCGAGGUUUCACCAUAUCCGAGUUUAUUGAUCAAUGUUAUGGUAAUGUUGAUGACGAAGGCAAAGGCAGACAAAUGCCAGUCCACUACGGAUCCAAGAAACUCAACUUUGUAACAAUAUCCAGUCCCUUGGCUACGCAGAUUCCUCAGGCAGUUGGAGCUGCAUAUGCACUGAAACUCAAGGAAGGAAACGAUCGCUGUGUGAUUGUCUACUUCGGCGAAGGCGCGGCAUCCGAGGGUGAUUGCCAUGCUGCCUUUAACUUUGCCGCUACUCUAGAUGCCCCGGUUAUAUUCUUCUGCCGCAACAACGGUUUUGCCAUCAGUACACCAUCUUCAGAGCAAUACCGUGGAGAUGGAAUAGCAGGAAGAGCAUCUGGAUAUGGAAUGGCAGCCCUUCGUGUGGAUGGAACAGAUGUCCUGUCAGUUUACAAUGCCACAAAGGCAGCUAGAGAAUACGUAAUGAAGACAAAUAAGCCCAUUAUCUUAGAAGCAAUGUCCUACAGAAUUGGCCACCAUUCAACAUCUGACGACAGCAGUGCUUAUCGGAAACCUGAAGAACUCGAAGUUUGGAAUACUGUUGAGCAUCCGAUCAAUAAAUUGAAGAACUUUAUGCGGUCCAAGGGAUGGUGGAAUGAAGAAGAUGAAAAUGCCUUUGUGAAAUCUAUUCGUAAGCAGGUUCUCUCGCAAAUUUCGCUGUCGGAGAAGAAACCCAAGCCAGACUGGAGGGAAAUGUUUAAUGAUGUGUACUAUGAUCUUCCUGCACACCUUCGAGAGCAACUCAAGCAGAUGGAAGAACAUGUUGAAAAGUACAAGGAGCACUAUCCACUGAAGGGAUUUAAGCACUGACCAGAAGGACCAGAAAGAUGAGGUGUCAAGAGAAUGAAGAGAGAACUUGUUACCAAGGGAAAAAGUGCAUUUACUAGAUUUUAAUGGGCAAAAAAAAUUGUAAGAGAAAUACAAUUUGAACGCAA